AUGAAUAAAGAACAAAGAAAAAUAAACCACACCAAGAAGGAUGGAGACAGAGGACAGUGGGCCAGUAAAACAGAAUAUAUUUUAGUUGUUGCAGGGAACGUGGUGGGCCUGGGCAACGUGUGGAGAUUUCCUUAUCUCUGCUACAAGAACGGAGGAGGUGCCUUUUUGGUUCCAUAUACUCUGUUUGCUGUGGUGUGUGGAAUUCCUCUUUUCCUGAUGGAGACUUCAUUCGGUCAGUACACUCAGGAAGGUUUUAUCACCUGCUGGAACAAACUGUGUCCGCUGGCAAAAGGCAUCGGGUACGGACUUUUCAUGAUGAAACUUUAUGCGAUCAGCUACAUUUUAGUCCAAGUCUGGGCUCUGUUCUACCUCGUUUGCUCAUUCAGAUCCCAACUCCCUUGGGCCAGCUGUAACAACACCUGGAAUACAGUGAACUGUAUCGACGUUCUGUCUUUGAAUUCAUCCAACGUUACUGUGACUCACACCAACACCACUUCAUCUGCAAUUGAAUUCUGGGAACGGCGAGUACUAAACAUGUCUUCAGGUAUUGAGGAGCUGGGCAGCAUCAGAUGGGAGCUGGCCUUGUGUCUUUUGGUCAGCUGGUUUAUCGUUUACUUUUGCAUUUGGAAAGGCAUCAGAUCAUCUGGAAAGGUAGCAUACUUUACCGCCACCUUUCCAUAUGUGAUGCUCUUCAUCCUGCUCAUCAGAGGUUUGACGUUGCCCGGAGCUUGGGAUGGGAUUUACUAUUACCUGUAUCCGGACAUAAACCGCCUGGCUAACCUUGAGGUCUGGACGGAGGCAUCCUCUCAAAUAUUCUUCUCCUACAGUUUGGUUGCAGGAAUUUUGAGUGUUCUGGGCAGCUACAAUGAUUACCACAACAACUGCUACAAGGACUGCUUCUGGCUCUGUCUGCUGAACAGUGGAACCAGUUUUGUUGCUGGAUUUGUUGUCUUCUCUGUACUGGGAUUCAUGGCUCAGAAACAAGGUGUUACUGUGGACAGUGUGGCUGAGUCUGGUCCAGGUUUGGCCUUCAUCGCCUACCCUCAGGCUACAGCCAUGAUGCCUCUACCACAGUUCUGGACUGUCUCCUUCUUCCUGAUGCUGAUUCUGCUUGCUGUUGACACACAUUUUGUUUCAGUAGAAAUUAUAAUCACUUCGGUCUGCGACCUGUUUCCAAAACUGUUUCGUGCUCCAAGGAGGCGGGAGAUGUUUACCCUCGUCAUCUGUUCAACAGUCUUCCUCCUACAAUUACCUAUGGUCACUGAGGGAGGAAUUUACAUAUUUACACUUAUUGAUUACUAUGGUUCUACCAGAGCCAGUCAAGAUUUUAUGGCUGUAUGUCUCUGCCUGGCAAUAGCCUGGAUAUUUGGAGCUGAUCGUCUUUUAAACAUCAUCGAAGACAUGACGGGACAGAAACCAUCAGUUUUCUUUAAACUCUGCUGGAAAUACAUUAUUCCUCUACUGUCACUGAUUUUCUUCAUCUUGCGUCUGGUUGCUUACAAACACCAUAAGGUGAAUGACUGGUAUGUUUACCCUAACUGGGCAUACAGUCUGGGAUGGUCCAUGACUCUGUCCUCUGUCCUCCUGGUGCCGCUGUGGGCAGCUGGACAGCUGUGCUUCACACCAGGAACCUUCAGACAGCGCUUGCACAUCCUUUGUCGCCCUGAUGAUGACUGA